AUGUCUAUCCUCCUUCCAUUAUACAUAUACCCUAGCGCGGGCGCUUGGGAUCCUUUAUACGCAGCAGCAAAAGCCUACCGCGAUGUCUCCUUCACCGUGGUCCUGAACCCCUGUUCAGGCCCAUGCAUGGGCUCUCUCCCCGACCAAGUGUACCUGGACGAAGUCCCCAAGCUGUCCAAGUACCCCAACAUCCGGACGCUGGGCUACGUAGCAACGCACUACACCAGCAAGCCCAUCGACGACGUUCUCGACGAAAUCGCCACGUACUCGAGCUGGCCGCGCGUGACCAACUCCGCAAACAUGCGCGUCGACGGCAUCUUCCUCGACGAAACGCCCAGCUCCUUUUCGCCAGACGCCUACGCCUACCUCGAGCGCGCAACACACGCCAUUAAAAACAACGCGAGUACUAGUUUCAAACAGGGCCUCAUCGUGCAUAACCCAGGCCUUGUUCCACCGACAACCCUCGCCUCGCCCUCGCUCCCCACAAUCUCCUUCAUCAACCUCACCGACAUCACCGUCGUCUUCGAAGAGACGUUUGAAAAGUACCUGGACAAAGACACCAUGACGCCGCUCUCCAAAACGAGGUUACCCCGGAAAAACGCCGGCGUCAUUCUGCAUUCCGUACCUAGGCUCAGCGACGAUGUGCUCAGCUAUGUCGUGGGCAAGGUCGAGGAGGCGGCCGACUGGCUGUUUCUGACAAGCGGGAUUGAGGGCAAUGGAUACCAUGGUUUUAGCGAUGUGUGGGCCGGCAUGGUGGCGGCGGCGGGGAAGGGUGCGGGCGUGGGGACUGGGUGGAGGGGAUGA